AUGUCAGAUGAUAACUUGGAUGAACAGUCCAAUUUGAUCCAACCAAUUGAUAGUACAACUAAUCCUACCCCUGACUCUAUCCCUAUCGGUGAUCUUAAUUUAACUGAUAGCUCGGAACAAAAGGCUAAGAGAAAAGUAAAGAAAAAAUCAGUUGGUUUUGCUCCAUUACCUGAAGAAGAUUUAAAGGAACAUCAUGAAGCAGUACAUAAGAAGGAACAAGAGAAGUUGAAAUCAAAUCCUUUCCAUAAAAUCCCUCCUGAAUUACAAUAUUUAGAAAAGAAAAAGUCUCCUAAUCCAAAACCAAUCUCAACUACUAUCCCUAAACCUCCUAAACCAAUCCCAUUGGUUACAUCUCCAAACCCAAUCAAUUCACCCCCAACAGCUCCUACUACUUUUUCUGGACUUGGAAGAUUGCAGUCAUUGCCAAUUAAAGAUAUUUCGCUUCAAAAUAAACAAACUGAAUUGAAUUUUAAUUAUCCUUCUAUUGACUUACCUAUCCCACCCACAGGAUUAUUAGUUAAAAUCAUUUAUACAUCAUUGAAUUCUUAUGAUUUGAAUAAAAUAAAUCAAUAUUUAUUAAAUGUUAGUAAUGUGAAAGUUGGUUUAGGUUAUGAAUAUGUCGGUGAAGUUCAAGAAAUUGGAUCUACUUUAAAGGCAUCAGGGGAAUUUUUCAUUGGUGAUAAAGUGUUAGGAAUGAUUGAUCCUACAAAUAAGAAAGGUACUUUAUCCACUAGUUUAUUAAUCAAUCCUGAUCGUGAUGUUGUGAUUAGAAUCACUAAUGAGAUGUUAUCCCAAUUACAAGAUGUUGAUAUUGAAUUAUCAUUUUCAAAUGGAUCUCGUCCACGAGUUGCUAGUAAUGAUAAUUUUGAAAUUGAAUCAUCAUCUUCUUCUUCAACGGCAUCAUUGAUUGAUGAAACUAUUUCAAAUAAACAAUCUGAUAUCCCAUCCUUAGCAAAAUUAACUACAUUUCCAGUCUUAUACAGUAAAUCAAGACAAAUUUUAUCUCAUUCUAAAUUUAAUUAUGAUUCUCCAGUUAAUAUUUUAAUUAAUGGAGCAGAUACAAAUAUAGGGUUUACAUUAAUCCAGACUUUAUUAUCAACCACAUCAAGUUAUAAAUUCACCAAUUUGAAUUUAAUCUUACUUGUUAAAAAAGUAAAUGAAAAGAGUUUUAAAAGUUUAAUUAAUAAUUUUAAACAGAAAUACUUCAAUUUAGAUCCAAUUCGAAUUUUAAAAUUUACCAUCAUCACAUUUGAAGCUUAUAAUCUUGAUGAUUUAAUCUUAAAGAAUGAGAAAGUUCCAAUAGUUUAUAGAGAAGUUAAUGAUGUUAUAAAUGAAGUUUUAAAUGGUUUAAAAAAUCCUGAUAUUCCGUUUGAUAAUGAAGAUAUUAAUAAAUUUAAAUUAGAUUUAUUUGUCGAUAUAGUGGGAUCGAAAAGAUAUUUCCAAACUAAUCACUAUAAAAGUAAUAAUCCUCAUUUCCAAGUUCCUAAAUCAACUUCAUUCCUUCAAUUGAUCCUUAAACCUAAAAUCCAAGGGUCAGUUGUGAUAUCUUGUUGUAAUUUCUAUGCUCCUGUUCCAACUUAUGAAAUUUCAUCUAUAACCAAUACUACCUCAGAUGCAAAUGCUGGUUCUUCAGCAUCAUAUGUAUGGUCAAAUAAAUGGUCAGCUAAUCUUUUAAAUAAUUGGACAAGUUAUAAUUAUUUUGAAGAGAUUGAUUUAAAAUUAAAACGAAUUUGGAUUGAAGAAGGAUUGGAAUUAUUAUUAAAGGAUCAAUUAAAAUUUAAAAUUGAUGAUAAUUGUUUGGAUUGGAGAAUUGGUUUCAAAAAUUAUAUUAAAUUAUUAAAACUGAAUGAUAUGAAAUUUAUAUUUAAAAUUGAAGAAUUUUAG